AUGGGUUUCGACAUUUUCUGUGCCGUUUGUGCCGGCCCUGCCUGCGCUUAUAUCCAUAUCUGCGACAAAUCUCGCAAGCUUGCACUCAGGGAGAAGCGCGAAGAGAAUCCCAGCUUCACUGAGAAAGAUUUCGACAGACACGAGUUCCGUGGCUAUGAUCCGGAGAUUGUCAGCCAAGAAGACGUCCAAUGGACAUACAAAGCUCAAGUUUUAGGCUUCAACCCCAACGCUACUGGCCUUACCAAAAUGUACAUCUCUCGACCAGCGAACUAUGAGGACUACGGGUGCAUGAGAGGUGUAGAGUCGGACGAUCCCAAUUUUCCCCAAGACUCGGACGAAUUUCAAUGCUAUCGCGUGUACGACGCCACCCAGACGGCUUGCUUCCCCAUCCACGAGCCAUGUCUCAAGCUGCUGACCAGAGUUCUUUGCGGCAACGAUAACGUCGACAAUCUCGACAAAGACGCUCUGUACCAUAUCAUCUCCGGCUUGAUGGGCUGGGGCUUACCCGAGCUAAACUACGGCGAGCCAUCACAGCGCUACGACCAAUGCUGGUGGUCCAACCCGGGAGAAGAGAUGAUGGUCACCUACCCCCUCAGCAACCCGACCUUCACCGUCCUCCUCCGCAACACCGUCUCCACCGACGACUUCGCCCUGCCCGCCCCCGGCACGGCGGACGCCCUCACCUCGGCCUCCCUCUCCGCCCGCGUUCGCCACGACCCCUUCGCCCGCCUCCCCUACGACAUCACCCACCAGAUCGCGCUGCUCGUCCCCGCCGAGUCGGUCCCGGCCCUCGCCACCGCCUCGUACACGAUCCACGCCGCCGUCCGUUCGUCGUCGCAGAACCCGGGGUUCUGGAAGCAGGCGCUGCGGCGCUGCAUGCCGUGGUUCUGGGAGCUGCACGUGCUGAUGCGGCACGGCACCGUCGAUCCGGACGAGACGGAUUUCAAGGGCCUGUUCCUGUGGCUCGAGGCGUGCACGCGUCCGCGCCGCGGGCUGGAAGGCCCGUUCAUGGGCGUCGCCAACAGGAGGCGGGUUUGGGGCGUGUGCGAGCAGUACGAUGCGCUGUAUGUGCCGAGGCUGAGGGCGAAGGAGCGCGAGAGGGCGGUGGCGGCGGGCAAGGGAGAGGCGGCGGGCAUUUGGCGCGGUGCGGUCAAUACGGGGCUGCCGGUUGUGGCGUGGCCGGUGCCGGAAGGGGAGGGGUUGAGGACGUCGACGGCGCAGUGGGUGUGUGAUUGGGACGAGGUCAAGGGGAGAUCGGUGUUGGAGGUGACUUGGGAUGAGGAGCGUACGUUGAUGGGGUUGACGCUUGUGGUUGCCGGGGAGAGGAGGGUGUUUGGAUCUGAUGGUGGCGGCAGGUUCGAGUCGAGGCUCAAGAAGGAAACAGUCGAGAUCGAACAAGACUGCUGGGUUCAAGGCCUCAUUUUACACCUGCCCGAUGUUUUCUCCGGCGAGAAGACCGAGACUUCGAUCAAGGGGAUGACGGUCCGCACCACCCACAGAGAUUUCAAGCUCGGUGACACCAACCCCACGCACUGCCAGCGCCUGCUCCCCAUCUCCCCCAACCACAUCCUCAUCGGCAUCACGGGCCAAAUCACCAGCUACGCAAACCACCCAUCCAACACCCGCAUCCGCAUCGCCCGCCUCGGCCUCCUCCAGCACCUCCACCCCUUCGCCCCCGCCACGACGACGACGACGACGACGCCGCCGCCGCCUCCCCCCCUCCCCCUCCUUCACCAACCCCUCUGGACCCCCACCCACCCCUCCGACCCCCUCAGCCAGCCCUACAACUCCACCAACCCAGACCCCAUCCCCAUCCCCCUCCGCGCCCUCCCCGCCACCGCCCGCGCCCCCAACCGCUACCAGAUCCAAUCCCCCUGGCACGCCGACGUCGUCCCCACCCACGCCCUCGUCUUCGCCGCCUCCCCGCACGAGCGCCGCGCCCUCCGCCGCAUCACCGCCUGGCUGUACGAGGGGAAGCAUGUGUGCUGCGUGCGCGCAGAGUACGCGCGCGGGUCGGGCGUGCCGGCGCGGGAGAUCGGGGCGGCGGGGGUGCUGAGGGCGAUGAGGAUGUAUAUGAGGAUGAGGGGGGAGGGGAAGGGGGAAGAGGGAGAGGGAGAGGGAGAAAAGGAUCGUGAGGGCGUGGAUCAUGGCGGCGGGGCGGUGCCGGGGGCGAAGGGGACACCGAUGUGGUGGAGGGAGUGGGCGGCUGGGUUGAGGGAGGUGCGGUUGGAUGUGGAUGGGGCGGGGGGCGAGGAGGUGGUGGGCGUGGAUGUGGUGAGUGAGGGGGGAAUUCGCGCUGUGAGGAUUCGGACGAAUGAAGGGCAGGUGUACUGGGGCGAGUCGCCCAUUAAGGAUUAUUGGCGGUUUGAGAACAGGGAGGCGGGAGAGGGAGAGAAGAUUGCGGGUAUAGCGUUGGCGUUUACGUUCGGCAGGCCCGGGAGUGACGAAGACAUUGCGCAUCGGUGGGACGAUGGGUCGGGGAUGGUGUUGAGGGACCGUCUGCAGUUGAGUUGGCUGGCUACGUUGGUGGCUAAUGAGUAA